AUGCCACCUAAAGCCGCCCCUCGACGAGCAGCUCCAGCUCGAAAGACGGAGUCCGCAGCAGCAACUGCAACUGGACCAAAUGCUCGUCCCCAGAAUGCUUCUGAAUCUCAAACGACGACGACCGCAGGCGGUCCCGGUCCCGGUCCCUCAACUCGACCAGGCGUACAACGACUCCAAUCACUCAAGAAACGUGACCCGCCCUCAGGAAGCAUUACGCCGUCCGCGAGACCGACUCCGUUGAAGGGCGAGCCUUCGAAGCCGACCCUGAAAUACCAACCGCGUGCCGUGGUACGGCGCAGCAAAGAGGAGCGUGAGGCGAUCGAGAAACUCGAAGCAGAGAGACAUCGUGAAAGACUGGCCGAGGCUGCGGCCAAAAUGCGAGGUCGGGGAGGGCCCUUCCAGCGUGGUGGUAGAGGCGGGGCUGGGAGGGGACGGGGUCGUGGGGGCGCGCGGUUUACUGUUGAUUCCAGACAUUCGUCAGUGUCGCGGAGGAGUCAGACGAGGUCAGUUAUCGACAUGGGUUCUCGCAGGAUCGGUUAUGAAGGAUACUCGUCGGAUGAGAGCGACUCCGGUCUUAGGGUGGAUAUUGACGCGAUCAAUCUCAGUGACAAUGAGAGUGAUGAAGAAAAUAUCAAAGGGAAGACCCCUGUGAAGCACGUGGUGAGGCCAGAGAAGGGACUACGACCUGUCCGAGUCGAGUGGCACGAACACAAGGAACGGGUGGUCAGCGUGAACAUGGAAUCUAGCACAGAUAAAUCCGCCGAAGUUCGCGAAAAAGAGAAGAAGAAUAAGGAACAGGAUAACGCUCUAUUCGUUGAACAAGACACGGAAACCACCGCAACCCCCAAGGCAGAACUGCGUAUCAAGGAGGAGCCCAGGGACGAUGAUGGGAUCAAUCCAGCGGCAGUCCCUCUAGCCGGCGAUGAUUCCAUGAUCACUGAUGACGGCUUUCUGCCGGAGCAGACGGUGAAAGUACGCGGCAGACUAACUACCGAGGAAAUGCGGGAACGGGAGCAGGAGUCCGAAACGCCAGCCCCCGUGGACCCGAGAAGCCUUUUACGCACGAAUGAAGAUAUUGAGGAAUACGAGAGACACAUCCGGGAUCUGGAAGAAGUGAAAAAACUACUUGCCGUGGAGGCGAAACAACCAGACAAGGAACCAGCAGCAACAACAACAGCAGCAGCAGCUGGCGACAAACCCGAAGAAGAUGCAGAGAAAACGCCAGAAGAAGAAGACGCGAGCAAAGACAAACUUUCGGGACAGUUAUUCCUCAUGCAAUUCCCACCUAUGACUCCCAACCUAUCCGAGUACGGCGUUGGCAGCGGCCCCGAGAUAGAAUCCACCGAAGCAGCACCUGACGGCACCACAAACGUAAAUACUAACACAGGCCCGAGCAUAAAGCGCGAAAGAAACGGCGAAGAAAUCGUCGAAGUUGGCGAGGAAGAACAAAGCGCCCCCGAAUCAAAACCACCACCCAUCGUAACAGCAACAGACCGACGUCUCGGGGCCGGACGAGUCGGGAAACUAAACGUCCACGCCUCGGGACGCGUGACGAUGAAUUGGGGCGGGAUCAGUUUCGAACUUGACCGGGCUACUGCCGUGGGCUUUCUGCAGGAGGCAUUGGUGGUGUCAGACGAUAGCCCGUCGUCGUCGGCGGAUGCCAUGGGCGAGGAACGGAAGGUGUGGGCUAUGGGCCAGUUGAGUGGGAAGUUUACUGUGACUCCUAACUGGGAGGAUAUAUUGUAA